AUGACCUCCCGUCUUGACCGCCUGGUCACGUUACUCGAGACUGGCAGCACUCAAUUAAUUCGGAAUACCGCUGCUCAGCAACUCGGAGAUGUACAGAAGCAGCAUCCGGAUGAGCUCUUCAACCUACUGGGUCGGAUUCUCCCCUAUCUCCGGUCAAAAUCCUGGGAUACUAGAACUGCUGCCGCCCGAGCCAUCGGCCUGAUCGUCUCGAAUGCAGACGUAUACGACCCAAAUGAAGAAGAUGGUCAACAGAUCAAAUCUGCAGCAGAUGAAGAUGACGUGGAGAUCAAGUCCGAGACCAAGCCGGAAGAUCCUACCCCUACAGUUGAUGGGUUCCUCCGCCUCGACACGCUGGACAUCGCCUCCAUCUUGAAGUACGGCAAGCGGCUACUAGGUAGCGCCGGAAAAGAGUAUGAAUACUCGCUGGCUUCGAUGGACCCGGCUGCACGCCUCCAACAUCAGAAGAAGACUCUGACGGGCCGGCUGGGUCUGGCCGGUGAGUACGUGGAGGAAGAACCGAUUAAUAUCAGCGAGCCGGCUCCCAAGCCAGAAACACCAGCUCCGAAGAAAGAAACUAUAAUUGCGCCCAUCUCUCGUGAAAACAGCUUACAGGAUCUGGCAGCUCGGCGACCAUCUUCGCCCGGCGAUGCCGUGAAGGAUGAAUUGGGACUGAGUAAACGGCAAUUGAAUCAACUCAAGCGGAAAAACAAGCAGAAUGCAAAGAUGGGCGCCAACAAAGUCCGCGUGGUAGACCUGUCUUCACGACGGGUGUCGGAGAACGUCACCACUCCUGUGGCCACCCCCCAUCCUGUGAAAACCGAAAACGGCGACGAACAAAAUGGCGAUGCCAAACCUGAUUAUUUCUCGCUCGAACCAAAUGCGGAAGACGAUGACUCAAAACUUGUCACGGAAUUCAAAGGUCCCAUCGCUCCGGAAAAACCCAUUAUUCAACCCGAACUUGUCGACCAAGGCUCCGGAUGGCCCCUGGAAUGCAUGUGCGAAUUCUUGACCAUGGAUAUAUUCGAUUCCAACUGGGAGGUUAGACAUGGCGCAGCGAUGGCUCUCCGUGAGGUGAUUAGGGUCCAGGGCCCAGCAGCUGGCCGGAGGGAAGGCAAAAGCAGAGAGGAAAACGACGCCCUGAACCGCCGGUGGCUGAAUGACCUUGCAUGCCGGUUACUUUCUGUCCUCAUGCUGGACCGCUUUGGUGACUACAUUUCAGACAAUGUCGUUGCUCCAAUUCGGGAAACCGUCGGCCAGACCCUUGGUGCUCUUUUAUCCCAUUUGUCGCCGAAGUCCGUUCGCCAGGUUUACCGAUGCCUUUACCGUAUCAUCAUGCAGACUGAUCUUGGUCUUGAACGGCCAGUAUGGGAAGUCUGCCAUGGCGGUAUGAUCGGCUUGCGGUACCUAGUUGCAGUGCGAAAAGAUCUGCUGAUCAAAGACUCCGGCAUGAUGGAUGGCGUUCUGGAGGCUGUUAUGAAGGGUCUGGCUGACUUCGACGACGAUGUACGGGCUGUCAGCGCCGCAACACUUGUCCCCAUCGCGGAGGAGUUUGUAACAUCACGGACUCCUACUCUUGGCCUGCUCAUGAACAUUGUUUGGGACUGUCUUUCCAACCUACAGGACGAUCUCAGCGCCAGUACUGGAUCCGUCAUGGACCUCCUAGCAAAGUUGUGUACCUUCAACCAAGUCCUGGACGCAAUGAAGGCGAACGCCGCAGACGACCCAGAAGCUUCAUUCGGUAAACUGGUUCCUCGCCUGUAUCCGUUCCUGAGACACACCAUUACGAGCGUUCGUUCCGCUGUUCUCCGUGCUCUCAUGACCUUUUUGAAGCUAGAGGGGGAGGGCAGCACAGACUGGGUGGAUGGCAAGGCUCUUCGUUUGAUCUUCCAGAAUCUCCUGGUGGAGCGCAACGAGGGUGUCCUCAAACUGUCUCUCCAAGUGUGGUCUGAACUCUUGAAAGCAAUUGACAAUCGUGGCUCUUUUACCUCCGACCCGGAGCUUCCGAGCUCUGUUCAGCCUCUUGUCACUUUAACCCUCGGCCCGUUCGGUGUUCCUCGUUACCCUAUUCCCAUGAGUGCUACACUCUUCAUCAAGCCCUCUGGCGUACCAUUCGCCGCCACCGCUGCCCCGCCUUCUGCCAAAUCUUCACCCCCUGCUCCCACUCCUGGCGGCGAACUUUCUAAACCCGGUCGCAGACGCAAGUCGGAGAAGAAAGAAACAGCGCCGCCGCCACCCUCAGCUCACAAUGUGGACGGGCACAUGUUAUCUGGAGACAUCGAUCUCGUCGGCGCAGACACGAUGCUAAGAUCCAAGAUUUUUGCUGCAAAGGCGCUCGGCGAGUUGUUGAGUGUUUGGGAUAAGCAUGGACUUCAAAGCUUUUGGCCGGAGGUUCUGGAUGGUCUCAACCUUCCAGCCUCGACAUCUCAGCUUGCCUCAGCCAUGGUCAUGGAAGAAUAUGCUCGUCUUUCUGGACCAGAAAGCAGGCACACUUCAUCCCUAUGCGAGAAGCUUCGUCCAAUCGUCGAAGGCGAACGUCCGUCAUGGUACUCGGAUAUUUCCUGCUAUCUUCAUGUCGCUCGCGCACAGUGCCACUCGUUGCUUAAUACUUUCCGGGAUCAUGCACAUGUGCCGCCUGCAAGACUGCCCACAUUGGCUGUUGUUGUCCAGGGCGAUGCGGAGGCGGGCCCCAACGCAUUCUCCCUGGCAGAUGCUGAGAGGAUCGUUGGCGCCGACUUUGAUCGCUUGAAAAAGAACCUGACCCCAGCGCAGCGGAUCACUGCCACUCAAGUUUUGACUGACACCCGUGCGACGGCGCAAUCUGCUGUCGACGAGGCGAGCCUGAUGAGAGAACAGCGGGACAUGCGCGUCCUGGCCGCCGCUGCAGGUGCCUUGGUUGCUCUGCGAGACAUUCCCAAGCGGCCUGGCCACAUCAUCAAGGCCAUGAUGGAUAGCGUCAAGAAGGAAGAGAAUGUCGAGCUCCAGCAACGCUCCGCGACGGCGGUAGCAAGCCUCAUUGAGCACUAUACAACGGCCACCAAGCGUGGACCAGUGGACAAGAUUAUUGGAAACUUGGUCAAAUACUGCUGCGUGGACACCUCCGAGACACCCGAAUUCUCCCACAAUGCUCAACUGGAGCAAUCGAUCUUGUCGCUGCGCAAGGAAGAGGACCGACGAGACCACCCUGAUGCAGCCAAAUUCGAGCGGGAGGCUAAGGAAGCCAGAAUCAUGCGACGGGGCGCUAAGGACGCGCUGGAGCAGUUGACCGUCAAGUUCGGUCCUGAGCUCCUGGAGAAGGUGCCCAACCUUGCAUCAUUGGUUGAGCGACCACUGAAGACUGCCCUUGAGGGCGACCUGCCCGACGAUAUCACCAACCCAGAGACCGAACUUGGUCAGGAAGUCGUCGAUGGACUGUCUACCUUGCGGGCUCUUCUUCCGAAGUUCGAUCCUGGCCUGUAUCCAUGGAUUAUUGGUCUCAUGCCCAUUAUUGCCAAGGCCAUGCAAUGUCGUCUCUCCGUGAUUCGCUAUGCCGCGGCGAAAUGCUUCGCUACUAUUUGCAGCGUUAUCACUGUGGACGGCAUGACGAUGUUGGUGGAGAAAGUGUUGCCAACAAUCAAUCACCAGUUGGAUGUUCACCACCGACAAGGAGCCAUUGAGUGCAUUUACCAUCUGAUCCAUGUGAUGGAAGAUGGAAUUCUGCCCUAUGUCAUCUUCCUCGUGGUUCCCGUGCUGGGUCGCAUGAGUGACUCUGACAAUGAUGUCCGUCUUUUGGCAACUACUUCAUUCGCAACCCUCGUGAAGCUGGUGCCUCUCGAGGCCGGUAUUCCCGAUCCCCCUGGUUUCUCUGAAGAGCUGCUCAAGGGUCGUGACCGGGAGAGGAAGUUUAUGUCUCAGAUGCUGGACGCGCGCAAGGUGGAGCCGUUCGAAAUCCCGGUCGCUAUCAAGGCUGAGCUACGACCUUACCAGCAAGAUGGUGUCAAUUGGCUUGCAUUCCUCAACCGGUAUAAUCUCCACGGUAUUCUUUGCGACGACAUGGGACUUGGUAAGACUCUUCAAACCAUUUGCAUCGUCGCUAGUGAUCACCACAUACGAGCGGAAGAGUUCGCCAAGAGCCAGGCUCCGGAUUCCCGCAAGCUUCCGUCCUUGAUUAUCUGCCCCCCUUCACUCUCUGGACACUGGCAGCAAGAAGUCAAGCAGUAUGCCCCAUUCCUCAAUUGCAUUGCGUACGUCGGUCCCCCGGCGGAGCGAGCAAGGCUCCAGGCCCAAAUCGCCACGUCGGAUGUGGUCGUGACGUCCUACGACGUCUGCCGUAAUGACAACGAUGUGCUCAAUUCAAUCAACUGGAACUACUGCGUUCUUGAUGAAGGUCAUCUGAUCAAGAACCCCAAGGCAAAAAUCACGACUUCUGUCAAGCGGCUGCUCAGCAACCACCGCCUGAUCCUUUCUGGUACGCCUAUUCAGAACAAUGUGCUUGAGCUUUGGUCUCUGUUUGACUUCUUGAUGCCUGGAUUCCUUGGCAGCGAGAAGGUCUUCUUGGACCGGUUCGCCAAGCCCAUUGCCGCCAGCCGCUUCAGUAAAUCCUCGUCCAAGGAGCAGGAGGCGGGCGCUUUGGCGAUCGAAGCCCUACACAAGCAGGUGUUGCCAUUCCUGCUCCGUCGUCUGAAGGAAGAGGUAUUAAAUGACUUGCCUCCUAAGAUCAUUCAAAACUACUACUGCGACCCCAGUGACCUUCAGAAGAAGCUCUUUGAAGACUUUAGCAAGAAGGAGCAGAAGGAGCUACAAGAGAAGGUGGGCAGUGCAGAGCGUUCCGACAAGGAGCACAUCUUCCAAGCUCUGCAGUAUAUGCGUCGUUUGUGCAAUUCGCCUGCACUGGUCGUCAAAGAAGGCCACAAGCAGUACAACGAAGUCCAGACCUUCCUGACAAACAAGCGCUCUAAUAUCAGGGAUGUCUCGCAUGCUCCCAAGCUCACUGCCCUGCGUGACCUGCUCGUUGACUGCGGUAUUGGUCUGGAUCACUCGGCUGAGGGCGAGUUGGAUACAGGUGCAAGCUACGUUAGCCCGCAUCGCGCUCUUGUCUUCUGUCAGAUGAAGGAGAUGUUGGAUAUUGUGCAAAACGAUGUCCUCAAGAAGUUGCUUCCAUCUGUCCAAUACCUGCGUCUGGAUGGUGGUGUUGAGGCUACCAAGCGUCAAGACAUUGUCAAUCGCUUCAACACUGAUCCCAGUUAUGACGUGCUCCUUCUUACCACCAGCGUCGGUGGGUUGGGUCUCAACCUGACAGGAGCAGACACCGUCAUUUUUGUCGAGCAUGACUGGAAUCCCCAAAAGGAUAUCCAGGCCAUGGACCGCGCUCAUCGUAUCGGCCAGAAGAAGGUCGUUAACGUGUACCGCCUGAUCACGAGAGGUACUCUGGAGGAGAAGAUCUUGAAUCUGCAACGAUUCAAGAUUGAUGUCGCCUCCACAGUGGUCAAUCAACAAAAUGCGGGCUUGGGUACAAUGGACACGGACCAAUUACUUGACCUCUUUAAUCUCGGCGAAACGGCAGAAUCAGCCGAGAAACCGGGCGAUCAGGCUGGCAACGAAGUCGACAUGGUCGAUAUCGACGGCGAAGUCAAGGAGAAGGGCAAGAAGGGCUGGCUUGAUGACUUAGGCGAGCUCUGGGAUGAUCGCCAGUACCAGGAGGAAUACAACCUGGAUUCAUUCCUGGAGACGAUGAACAAUUGA